UUACACUUCAACACCGCCUCAUGUUUGACAGCAAGCACAAAAACUACAUCGCCCCAAAGUUUUCCGAGAGAACCGACGCCUUUUCGCUUUGAUCAAUUCCUCGGACUCCGCCGACGUUAGACGAAUCUGAGAGUCACAAUUCAUGCGUCGAGUGAAGUUGGGUAUUGUGGUUCGCGUCAUCAUUCCAUAAAAGGGCCAAAGAGGGGCCUUCCAACUUUUGAAGAAGCGAGCGCGCGGGAGAGAGCGAAAAAGAGAUGGGUGGAUCGAAUGCGGGAAAGUGGCUGGAGAAGGCUUUGAUUCGUCUCUGCAAUCAAGUGGACAACGAGUUUUCCCUGGAAGACGACGUCAUCGCGGGGGUCGUCUCCUACUGCGAGUUGGCCACCCCGAAGGACGCCAGGGAAUACCUUAACAAUAUUGUUGGUCAAGAGAUAGUUCAACCUUUAGUAGAGGAGUACAUGCAAAGAAGAGGUUGUGUGAAUUCCAGCACUGAGACCGGUCAUAUCUUGAAGCCUAACCUGCAGACCUAUAUCAAGCCUCCUGCUGAUGAAGGUCUGACUAUUGGAGUGAGAAAGCAGACCAGAAAACCCAAAGAUGAAGUUAAUAUCAGUAAACAGGAAGGAAUAAGUGAUCCCAAGCCAACAGAUGCUCAAAGCAUCCAGAGGAAUGCAAUUAAUGUUUCCAAAAAGAAGAAAUCCGGUAAAUUGGUUUCACUUGCAGAUGCUGCUAAGGGGUCUAUUGUAUUUCAACGAGGAAAGCCAUGCUCAUGUCAAGCUCGUAGACACAAGCUUGUUAGCAACUGUUUGUCUUGUGGCAAGAUUGUAUGUGAGCAAGAAGGUGAAGGACCAUGCAGUUUUUGUGCUGCACUUGUUCUUCGAGAAGGGAGCACCUAUGCUGGUCUGGAUCAAACUGCAGUUCCUCUUUCUGAAGCAGAAGCAGCAGCAGAAGCUUUCAGGAAAAGGCUUGUCGAUUAUGACAGGAAUUCUGCUCUACGUACAACAGUGAUUGAUGACCAGAGUGACUAUUAUGAAGUAGAGGGAAGUAAAUGGUUAUCAGCUGAGGAAAAAAAGCUCUUGCAGAAGGAGCAACAGGAAAUUGAAGAUGCUGAACGUGAGAGACGGAGUAAAGUUGUUGUAACGUUUGACUUAGUGGGUCGCAAGGUGAUAAUGCAUAAGGAUGCUGCAGAUACUGAAACAGAAAGUUGCUUAUUGAGACCAAUGGAACCCACAGAACAAAGAGAUAUUAAUCGAAUAAAGCCUAAUCCAAGCAUUGAGAUACUCCCUGUCUUUGUUGAUGGUCCACUCAAGAGCUCCAGCAGAGUGAGGAAAACAGUUAGAAGAGCGAACGGUUUAUGCUUGGAGAUAAGUGGGAGGGUUGAGCAUGAUAGCAUUGAAUUGCUACCAUUUUCAGACGAAAAUUCACAGAAGGUUAUCUCAUAGCACUUCUUGGCAAAUCUUCAAGAGUCGCCUAUUCUAUCAGUGAACUCGUAGGUGAAUGUUCAUAAUGAGAAACAUGCGUGUAACCAUGGAUUAUUGUCUUUUGUCCUCUCUACUUGUCCAUAUGUGAGGGUACAUGAAAAUCUAAAGGGUUUUAGUAAACAAAUUUUCAUUUGUUCAAUGAAACGUAUUGGAGACAAAAAGAAUGUCACCGAACUGGAAAAAUUUUGCUGAAGACUACCUAUUGG